AAUCUUCAUAACAUCAUUUCUCUCAAUGACAGCUUUUAAAUUCGCCAUUUUUAAACUUAUUCACUGCAGGUAAAAAUGUGGCCAAACUUACAUAAACAAUUCCGAUAAUUAGAAAUGCACGUGUACUAUGCCUGUUAGAUCUUAUUAUAAAUCUGCAAAAACUUAAUUAUACUUGAAAUGCGCAAAACAAAUAUUCGAUGUAAAUGCUAUCAAUCAAAAAGCACCGAAAAGCAGUGAUUUCACGUGCUGUCACAGUAGCUCGCCAGACGUUGCCUCUUUCUAUCACUUCUUUUCCAUAUAAAAUGUGCGUGAUCUCCUAAUGAUUAUUUAAUUUGUGAAAUAUUCAAACUGGCGUGGCAAGAUAUUUGAAAAAAUCGCUAAUUAUUGAUCAUCGAAAGUAAAAAUGACUAUUUACAUAUGUACAUAAAUACGAAUAGAUCAACAAACAGCGUUAACUCGUUUAUUGAAACGUCACAGCACUUGAGUUGAGAACCCUAACGCGAUAAUCGCCCGGCAGCAGAUUAUUAACUAAUUGUAAACUCAUCAUAAACUUGCAACGGAGAUGUAAAUAAUUCGCCCCCACCAAUAAAAGAAAUUAAUUGAAAGCGUAAAGUUUCUAAAAAAAAAAAAAACGAAAUACAUACUGGCAUACGAAUAUAUGCAUAUACAUCACGAGUAUUAUAAAUUAAUCUUCAGACUACGCACGAACAAGUUCCUGAUAUUUAAAAAAUACACAAAAAUACCAAAAGUUUUUAAAAUGUCCUCACCAAUGGCCACUUUGUUGAAACUCUUGUUCCUUUGCGCCUUAGCGCAUAGCAGCAAUACGUUGGCAGUACCGGAUAAUAAUGCUCAAAGAUAUCAACAACCGCCUGCGAUCAGCCCCACAGCCGCUGAGAAAAUGGUGCAGUCCUUUCCACCAUAUUUACUCGUACGCGGCGAUUCCACAUUUGCCCCGUCAGACGACGCACUCUCCACUUUGGAUGCAACAGACUCGGCGGAAAGACAGAACUUCGAUGCGGCCGCGCAAAUGUUAAUGGCAAUGUAUAACGAGCAAAUAGAAGGGAUAGAGAGCACUGAGGAAAUUGAGCAAUGCAACAAUCCUUCACAUAAAGCUGCUUUUUCCGGUUACGAUUAUGCGAUACUGCUCUCUAUGUUGAUUAUAUCGCUCGGUAUUGGCGUUUUUUAUGGCUUCUUCCACAAAUCGGGCAGCUCAUCAGAGGAUUUUUUGCUCGGCUCGGGUAUGUCUAUAUUUCCGGUUACAUUAAGUUUGACCACGAGUUUCAUCACGGCCAUCGAAUUAUUGGGAAACCCAUCGGAGAUGUAUUUACAGGGCACGCAAUUUGUUUUGAUUGUUAUUCCAAUGAUUAUGGUCAUACCGGUUGCUGUUAAAAUAUUCUAUCCUAUCUAUUUCAAAAUGGAACUGACGAGCUGUUAUGAAUAUCUUGGUAUACGUUUCGGAAAGGAGAUACGCAUUUUGGGAGCCGUUUUGUACGUCAUACAGAUGUGUUUCUACACAGCCGUAGCAGUACUCGCACCAGCGAUCGCGCUCUCUAAAGCCACAGGCUUAAACACAAAAGUUGCUGUGAUUUUAAUUUAUUUAGUCUGUGUCUUCUACUCCUCUCAAGGUGGGAUGAAGGCGGUGGUAAUUGCCGAUACUUUUCAGGCUGCUGUUUUGGCUGUUUCUUUGGUGCUAGUCAUUGCUUUGGGCAGUUAUUAUAGCGGUAAUGCUAUUCAGAUCUUUAACACGGCAGCUGAUCGUCAUCGCCUCGAGUUUUUCAACUUUGAUUUCGAUCCCACAACGCGUCACACAGUUUGGUCCGUGGUGAUUGGUGGUUUCUUUUAUUGGACCUCCUUAUUCUGCACUAAUCAGGCAUCGGUGCAGAAGUGUAUGUCAUUGAAAUCGCUAAAGUUGGCAAAAGUGGCCUUGGGCUUUGCUAUACUCGGCCUCGUUAUAGUAUUUCUCAUGAACUUCUACACCGGUCUGAUGAUCUUCAACCAUUACGCUGAUUGUGAUCCACUAAACGCCGGCCGUAUCACCGCCUCCGAUCAACUAUUGCCCUUCUACAUUAUUAGCACCUACGAAGAGAUCUACACGAUUGCUGGCAUUUUUGUAGCGGGUAUCUUUGCGGCCAGCUUGGGCACUGUGGCGUCCGCAUUGAAUUCGCUCUCUGCGGUGACGUGUGAGGAUCUGCUCGUGAAUGGCAUGAAUAUCAAAAUCACAGCAGACAAGGGUGCACUCUACGCCAAAUGGAUGUCUUUGGGUUAUGGCAUCAUAUCAUUCGGUUUGGUUUUCAUCGUAGAGAAGUUGGGUGGUGUGCUGCAGGCGACUCUAACGUUGAAUGGCCUCAUCGGUGGCGUCACUUUGGGUCUCUUCGUGCUCGGCAUUGCUUUUAAGCGCGCCAAUACACGGGGUGCUUUCUAUGGCGGAUUGCUCUCAUUAGCCAUUGUCAUUUUCAUUGGUGUGAUGGCGCAAAUUGUCAAUGUGGAUCCGGUUGAACUACCCUUGUCGGUCGCGCAGUGCGAUUGCAAAGUAAAUACCUCGUCGGUGUUUUUGCCGACAACGGUGGAGGCAAUGCCGCUAACGGGAUUUAGCUCCUGGCCAAUCUUUAAGCUCAGUUACAUGUGGUACUCGAUGAUAGGCACUUUGCUCACCAUAUUUCUGGGCUUGCUCAUCUCGCUCAUUGUUGCUGCCGUGCAACGGCAUAAUGUGCUUAAGAUAAGCUCUACGCGCGAGGAACAAGUUUGUAGUAAACCAGAGACCCCACCACAAUUCAGCACUGAGAUCAAAGUGAUCGCCAAGUCGGAGCCCACAGCCGCCGAGAAGCCAGAAGGCCAUGUAAAUCUGGCCAUACGUUUGGACGAUGAAUAAAUGGAUUACACCAAAGACCUGAAUUUUCGAGAAGUACAACCUUGAGGCUUAUGAAAGUUGAUAACAUUACAUUUUGACAAAAGAUUUGUGUACCAAACGUUAAAAUAACGUUGCGUUAUGUACAAAUUAUUUUCAACAGACUUACCACAUUGCAACUAAGUACUUGUUAUUAAUUAAUCAUAAUCUAUAUAUCUUUCAAUUUUUAAAUGAUUACAAUGCAAAAUGUAAUAAUUAAAUACAACCAGUCAUUAAUUUAGUAUAAUGAAAGUAUAUCCAUAUAUGUAUAUAAGUUUGUAGAGAAGUAGUAUUUAGAAAAUAGUAUAAGUCUAAAGACGAAACGAAUUGAGACAAAAGUGAUAAAUGUAAUUAAACGUUGCACAAAACAAAUAAUUGGUUAAAGUACAAAAUAAUUAUUAAUUUUUAUGGUAUUUUUUAAAGUAUUCAAUACACAUUGUAAUUGUAUUCUAUUUAUAGUCACAAAUAAUAAAAAAGCUAAUAUUAUUUCACAAAUAACUGUAAAUAUGAAUGCAACCGUGUGAUGCGACAUCAUUGAUCCUGUUAACUAUUUGUUUACGCUCUGCUUGAAUAUCUACAAUUAUUUGAAAUGACAUUAAUUACAAUCUCUGAUAAGAAAUACUGUGUGCGAAUUGCUUUUUUUUAUAAAACCUAUAUAUUCAUAUAGACAUACAUAUAUGUAUAUAUAGCGACAUAUAAAUGUAAAAAUGUACAAAAUAAUAGCUGUAAUGAAAAAAUGAAUAAAUUAUUAUAUAAUAUAGUAAAUAUUUGUUUAACUUGUCACACUCAUUCAUUGAGCUUUUGUUGUGGAACAUGCGAGUAGUAUUUUUAGUUAGUUCCCGUGCGUGAUGCUUUAAGCUAAUUACAAAUAUUACAACUUUACUAAAUAAAAAAAUAAAAUAUAAAUA